AUAAAAUAAGAAAAAUUUGAUUAACUAGAACUUUUCAAUUUAAAAACAGUUUUCCAUUUAUAAAAUGCCCAAUCCUAAUCUUCACAUUGAUGAACAGUGUAUAUAAAAUGACAGCAUUUUAAUUUGAAAAUAGAAAGUAAAAGAAUUAAAAAUGAAAGGGCUACCUGUAGACACACAUAUAUAUUUCGAAGAGGGCCUCCUAACCACAUCUCCUCACAUUACAACUGUUGAUACAUGGAAUACUCUAGACUUCAUUGAUCCAGCUCUAUCUCAUAGAAAAAUUAAAAGACGAUGGAAUCGUCUUUCACGACUGCAACGAUCUAUUGUAUACGUCUUAUUAGUGUUGUUAAUCACAUUAAUAGUUGUAUAUAUCGCAUCAAAAAUGGGAGAUCCAGGAACGGAAAAUGUAAACCAAGUACUGGAUCAAAACACUACUCUAGUCAAUGCAUCAGGCAUAUUGCAGAGUCACCAUAAGCCUGCUAUUGAUCAUGACAUCGAAGAACGUCCUACGUUUACGGGACCGGCUAAUGCCCGACAGUAUGCCGUGGUUGAGAGCUUCAAGCAUGCUUGGAAAGGAUACAAGGAGCAUGCUUGGGGUCAUGACAACUUGAAACCUGUGACUGGAAUGGCUUACGAUUGGUUUUCACUGGGCCUUACUAUUGUCGAUGGAUUGGAUACAGCAUACAUCAUGGGAUUGACUGAUGAGUAUGAAGAAGGCAAGAAGUGGAUCAAGACGGAGUUAAUAUUCACAAAGAACAAGGAUGUUAAUUUCUUUGAGGUCACCAUACGUGUGCUUGGAGCUUUGCUGACUAAUUAUCAUUUCUCUCAAGAUGAAAUGUUCCUUGAUAAAGCGAAAGACUUGGGUGAUCGCCUUAUGUCAGCUUUCUCAUCACCCUCCGGUAUACCUUAUUCGGAUGUGAACCUGGGCACAAGGACGGCUCAUGCUCCGGAAUGGUCUCAUUACAGUACUACAGCAGAAGUAACCACUGUGCAAUUGGAGUUUAGAGAACUUUCUAGAGCUACAAAUAAUCCAGCUUAUGAGGACGCUGUGGCAGCUGUAUCAGAGAAGAUUCAUCAAUUGCCGAAGAAACACGGUCUAGUACCGAUAUUUAUAAAUCCGAACACCGGCCAUUUUCUACCACACGCUACAAUAACAUUGGGAGCUAGAGGCGAUAGUUACUACGAAUAUUUGCUAAAACAGUGGCUGCAAACUGGCAAGACUAUUAACUAUUUACUGGACGACUAUAUGACAGCUAUAGAGGGUGUUCGGCAAUUCUUAGCAAGACGUUCUUCGCCAAAUAAGCGAUUAUUUAUAGGAGAACUAUCAGCCGGGUCAGAGUCCUUUAAUCCAAAGAUGGACCAUUUAACUUGUUUCUUGCCGGGAACAUUGGCACUAGGACAUGCCAACGGUCUGCCAGAUUGGCACAUGUCUAUGGCUGAAGAACUUCUAUAUACAUGCUAUCUAACUUAUGCUGCACAUCCUACAUUCUUAGCUCCAGAAAUAACACAUUUUAAUAUGGCAAGUGCAACUGAUGAUAUGUAUACGAAGUCAGCGGACGCACAUAGUCUAUUGCGACCCGAGUUUGUCGAAAGCUUGUGGUACAUGUAUCAAUUGACUGGCAACACUACAUAUCAAGAUUGGGGUUGGCAGAUAUAUCAGGGCUUUGAGAAGUACGCAAGAGUUACUUACGGUUAUUCAUCUUUGGCCAGCGUGAAAUCGGAAAGACCCGCACACAGAGAUAUGAUGGAGUCAUUCUUUCUUUCGGAAACACUUAAAUAUUUAUAUUUACUCUUCAGUGAGGAUAGAUAUCUCAUAGAUUUAAAUAAAUAUGUCAUCAAUUCUGAGGCACAUCCGUUGCCCGUACAUAAAAGUUAAUUCUAUACGUCCAAAGUUACGCAUUAUAUACAAAAAAAAAAAGUGAGAGUUAUACCAAUGAA